AUGCCGCAGCGAGUGGUUCCGUCGAGCGUACGGUUGCCUUGCUUUCUGGAGGGUCGGUCGACAUCGACGGAGGCUACGGUGAUGCGGGCCGGACCCCGCUUAUGGUGGGUGGCCUCCACCAUGGGAUACUUGCGGGUCGUGCGGGUCCUUUUGAGACUGGGAGCCAGAGUGUCGGCGGCGGACAAUGACGGUGCGACUGCUCUACACCUGUCGAUUGUCAACAAACACCUGGCCGUCAGCAAGGCUCUGGUCAAGGCCGGUGCGGACCUUGAAGCUAGGAUCGACCACCACCAAGCGCUUGGUGUAGGCUGUACGCCGCUUCACGUUGCCGCGGCGAAAGGAUUCCACAAAGGAAUGGUGAUGCUGAUCCACGCGGGUGUCAAGGGUUUCGUUGGGGCGAAGGCGAAUCCGAUCUUGGCUGCAUACGACGGCGAAAGCCUCCCGCUGGACGUGGCGGCUGAAAACGGGCAGCUGGGAGUUGUCCGCGAACUAGAACAGCGAUUCGGAAUCGACGGUUGUUCUUGUGACGGUGGCGCGCAAGCUCUCGUGGAGGCCGCUUCUCAGAAUCAAGUAGAUAUCGUCACUUUUCUGUUUGACAACGGUGUGGUGGACGCGGAGGGCAUUGCACUGUGUGCUGCCGUGGAGGGUCGGCGUGAGGAGUGUAUCGAGCUCCUUCUACGGACACAGGGAUGCAAUGCGAACGCCAUUGCGCGUGCAUACGCCAACAUGACCCACGACACUACCUUGCCCAUGUACUCAAACCAACUUUUCCCAGACACCCCUCUUGUGAGCGCAUUUGAGCUGGGGGGGUUCUAUUCUCCAAGAAUCACGCGCUUGCUCCUUGGCGCCGGCGCGGACGUGGCAUCGCGCGUUCGUUAUGAAGGAAUCGAAGGAGAUUGUGUAAUGCACGAUACGCCCUUGACGAUCGCCGAAUCGACGCUACCUUUGUGGGAGACCUAUGGAGAAACUUCGGAAGACGUGGAGUUCGGGCUGAAGGGUGUCAUACGCUUGCUGAAGCAGGUGGAUGCAGUUCACGCGACCUCCUGGUGUUGGCCGAGCGCGCUCGAGAAAUCAACGCCGAUCGUUCGCAUGCUGCCGGGUCUGAAGCGCAGGGCGACGAAGCCUCGUGUGGCCUUGGCGCCCCUGUCUAGGUACAACAACAAGCAAGACGGGCCGUUCCUGGGGUACACUCCGAGUAAGAAUGGGGGAUAG